AUGGCCACCGAAAGACUCAAGUCCAUCGUCUCGCACAUCUCGCCCGCCAAGACCGGCAUCGCCCACAUCACCCAGAAGAACCCUGACGAUGUGGUCAUCACCCUCGCCAUCCGCACCCCGCUGACCAAGGGCAAGAAGGGCGGCCUGAAGGACACUCCCCUGGAGGGCAUUAUGCUCAAGAUCCUGGAGCAGGUCGUCGCCAAGUCGAAGCUGGAUCCUGCUCUGGUCGAGGACAUCUGCGUGGGAAAUGUCAGCGACGCCAAGGCUGCCUACUACAUUCGCGCUGCCAUGCUCGCUGCUGGCUUCCCUAACACGACCGCUGGCUCUUCGGUCAACCGCUUCUGCAGCUCCGGAUUGAAGGCUGUGCAGGACAUUGCCAACGCGAUUUCCGCCGGCAACAUCGAGGUUGGCGUCGGCAUGGGUGUGGAGUCGAUGACAAUGGGUGGUGACCGCCUCGAGCGUCCGUUCUGGGGCGAGGUGCUGAAGAACCAGGAGGCUUCGGAUUGCAUGCAGCCCAUGGGCCAGACGUCGGAGAAUGUCGGCAAGGACUUCAACAUCUCGCGCGAGGAGCAGGACCGCUUCGCUGCCGAGUCGUACCGGAGGGCCGAAGUUGCGCAGAAGGCGGGCUGGUUCGAUGACGAAAUCGCCCCAAUCAGCGUCACGGUCAAGGAUCCCAACACGGGCGAGGAGAAGAAGGUCACGCUCUCCAAGGACGAGGGACCCCGCUACGGCACCACGUUCGAGUCGCUCCAGAAGAUCAAGCCGGCCUUCCUGCCCCACGGCGACCGCAGCCACGCCGGCAACUCCAGCCAAGUCACUGAUGGCGCCGCCGCUGUGCUGCUGAUGAAGCGCUCCAGGGCCGAGCAGCUCGGCCAACCCAUCCUCGGCAAAUACGUCGCCGCGACGGUUGCAGGGCUUGCGCCCCGCAUCAUGGGUAUUGGCCCGUCGAUCGCCAUCCCUAAGCUGCUGACCCAGCUCAACAUUAGCAUCGACGACGUCGACGUUGUUGAGAUCAACGAGGCAUUCGCUUCCAUGGCGGUUUACUGCAAGGACACGUUGAAGAUCCCGCACGAGAAGCUCAACAUCCGGGGCGGCGCCAUCGCCCUCGGCCACCCGCUGGGCUGCACGGGCGCGAGACAGAUUGUCACGGGUCUUAGCGAGUGCCGGCGGCAGAAGAAGAAGAUUCUCCUGACGAGCAUGUGCAUCGGGACGGGUAUGGGUAUGGCUGGUCUUUUUGUCAACGAGCAACUGUAA